GUCGAACUGAAUGAGACUUGCCCUUCCUGCGCCCGCCACGCUUCGCGGGAGAGAUCGAGGCGCCUAGAUCACUGUUUCCGUCUCGUCCCGACCGUGACUACGACGCGAGGUCAACUCGAGUUUAGGCAUUAUUUCAGAGAACCUUGUGUUCCAGCGGAGAUGAUGCAGCACGAGAGCGACGCCAAGGGCUGUUCAAACAUGUGUGAAAGACACAGGGAUGAGGAUGUGAGAAUCAGCUGCGCAGAUGCGGAUGCGGAUCUGCGUCAAACGGAAGCGUGGAUCUCUGCGAGACGACCCCGUACACCUUGGGCCCCCGAUCCUGCACGGAGUGAAGUUGCUAUUGCGCUCCUCCUUAGAGCCCAUGUCGCUGGUGUGCGCUUUCUGCGGCCUUCCGGUCUACGUGUGCAACCGCACGGUGUCAUAAUAGCGUGAUAUAGGAGAUGUGCUGGAGUGGCAGGUAAGCCCAGAUCGACUACAAUUUCCCGCCGGUGUGGACUUGAGAUGCCGUGACAGUAGGCCCCAGGCAUUCUCUGCGCAACGCGCGAGGAUCCGAGGUCGGAGGUCGACAGGCAAGCACCCGUAAAGUGCUACCCUCUUUCGAUUUGGAGAGCGCGCUGGCGUAGUUCAAAGAUCAAGGACGCCCGACUAUCGUGCUUCGAACAUGCAUUAGGCUGCAUAUGGGUGCGCGAUCAUCGUCGGUGCGGCUGAGACAGAUAGAGGCAACGACGUGAUGCAUGCGCCGCACCGAAUAUCGGACAUGCCUCAAUGAUAUCCCGCCGACCAACGACACAAGCAACUAUUCAGGUAAACGGGAGUAGUUUGGUUCGCCGUGCGAGCCCAGAAAGGUAUAUUGGAUGUCUGGCCGUGAUGAUAGGGUUCUUGACCCGCCCCUGCGUAGUAUUCAACAUACUAAUGAAGAUAAAUUAGCUUAAGCCUGGAAGCUGAGGAGAUAUCUCGUACGACCACGGCGAAAAAUAAAUCUUAACGGAGCCGAUUGGGUGAACCAACCCCGAUGUCUCAGGCUCUGCGAGCUCCAGUGCCAAGUCGCAGCCGACAACCCCGAAGGGAAAUACAACGGUACAGGGGACGCGCUUGUCCAUGUUAGCACCGCCAUCACGGACGUUCUAAAAAAACCGUCACCACUGCGCUGUCACGAGUGCCCCAGCGGAUCCGUUACGAACCGGCACCCGAGCAACGAGCCUUCGUGGUGCGCCGGGUGCUGCGAUGAGCCUCAACGCGAGGAGCCUGAGAAGAGUGACACAUCAUUUUCCAACUCUGAUCAAGGAAAAACGUUGUCUGCUCACGACAUACGCACGUACGGGCGUGAAUCAAGAUCUGCAAUUCGCUCCUACGGAAAGUGAAGCUUUGCGUGUAGACU